AUGGCAGAAAGAAUUAGCCCUUUCUUUCUCUGCCCACUCUCAACCUUGUUAAUAGCAGCACCAUGUGGUGGCUUGACCAUUGAGCUCAUCCAUAGACAUUCUCCACAGUCACCUUUCUACCAACCAAACCUCACCCACAAACAGAGAAUCCAAACUCUUGCUUACCAGUCCAUCACUCGAGCUCAAUACAUCAAAAACAUGACAAAAAAUCAAACAUUUUCCUAUACUCCUGAAACAGUUCGUGUUCUCGUGAACACUAUGCUAGGCCUCGCACUCUAUAGAGUUAAAAUCGGGCUCGGCACCAUCCCAACCUCCUCUCCACCAUACAAAUCUUACAACCUUGUUUUCGACACUGGCAGCGAUCUCACUUGUCUUCAAUGUGAAUAUUGUAGAAGGCACCACUGCUUUGCCGUGGAAGAUGAACCAUUCCAUGUACUAGUUCAACUUCUUACAAGCUUCUGCGAUGUAAUGGACAUCCUCUUUGCGAGGGGCCUUGCAUUGAAGGCUAGUGUGAUUUUGAGAGAGGCUAUAUGCAGACCAGAGCUAUGUGUCCUUUGCUGCAUGGGUCUUGGAUUUGGUCCCAAAACGUUUGUUAACCGAAUAGACUCUCAAGGUCAAAGCAAUGGUCGUUUCUCGUACUGCCUCAGACGAGAAAGAACAAUGGGGGCCACCAGUUCAUUCAUUCGAUUUGGUGCAGAUAUAGAGCAAAGGCCCUACCUAAGCGUGACAGAAUUAAGGAGAAACAACAACAUGGUACUCUACUACAUAAACUUAAUAGGAAUAAGUGUCAAUGGCUACAGGCUCAACAUACCAGAGCAAGAAUUUGAAAAUUCAAAAAGAUGGAUGCGGAGGCAGCAUAAUUGA